AUGGCCACGGCAAAUGAGGAACCGCCUUCUUUCCGACGUGACUCGCCCUCGCCCGAGGCCUCCCCGACUCCAGCUAUCGGCGCUUGCCCCGAGCUAUCCCGCUGCGUGUCAACGGCCUCCUCUGUCUCCCACGGGUCCGCCACCGACGGCGCUUCUCGGGACUCCCUCGGAAGCGUCCAAAGCAGCACAAACUCCAGGCAGUCCUCCGGAGCCUACAGCCGUCGCUCCGAUUCAACAUGCAGCAACAAGGAGGCCGGCGUCGGCCGCUCUUCCAGCCGGCGCCGUGGAUUCGUCCGGCCGCAAGGAACCGACUUCGCUGCGAGCGCCCGGCACAGAGAGAGCGUCCUGAGCCUGGGAAGCAUCGCCCAUCUGCAGUACUACUUUGCACGCACCGGCCUUCUUGACGGCAAGGGCGCCCAGCUGGCAAGGAAGAACAAGGCCAAGGGAGGACUGGAUCUGUCGUCGGUCAGCAGCUCGAGCUCUUCGUCGCCAAGGAUCGUUGGUUCGGAGGGAAACAGCCCGGAACUUGGUUCUCACCCCUUUGACACCGGGCCGAUUGUGGAAUCGCCCACCGAGGACCAUGAUUACUAUUCCGACGAUUUCGACGAGCCUGACCCGGAUGUUUUGCCACCCACCGCCAGCACCUACAUCUAUAGGGACAAGCCGGUCCCUAAGCCGCCGACGAUACAGGAGCUGAAGGCGGACCUGACAGGGUCUCUUGAGAAGGCGGCCGCGGCAACGAGGCAUGCCAAGGCCAACAAGGAGCCUCUGCCGGAAAUACCCCCAAGGAAGCAGGAUGCUCAGGCCACGCCCAAGAAGGGCCAGGGCCAGGGCUGGCACGAGGUCCAGGGCAUGCACAUUCUUGAUGUCAUGACGCUGGCGAUUCGUGCGGCUAGGAACUAUUACACGGCUCACGAGGUCCCGGAGCGGUUGGACGCCAUCAAGUCUGAAAAAGAGAUUCGCGCAGAGCUGUUAUCCGUCAUGGAAACCCUGAAGCAGAUGGCGACCCGCAAUUGGGCCGGCGGGAUGAAGGACGAGGAGCUUCGCGUUCUGGACUCUUGGAUCCAGGGGCUGUUCGACAUGCUCAAAAAGGAGGAGGAGUUGGUGGAGGUCGAGAAGGCGCAGCGCAGCACCUGGACCUGGCUUUCGGGCGAUUGGACCGGCAAGGAAGUCGAAAGGGAACUGGCCUUCAUGACGUCGCUCGAUCCCGGGGCCGGUCCUCUGUCCGAGUACACUCCCGCGGCCGACGCGACCGAGUUGCCUACGCCCUUCCUUGAGAGUCUGCAAAACGGCAUCCGGCUCGUCGAGCUGCACAACGCGGCGGUCAAGAGGUCGAAACGGCGGUUCGGCUUGAUCACCACGUUCCACACCGACACGGACAAGCCGUACCGAUGCGCCGACAACAUCCGCUACUGGGCCAAGGCAGCAGAGCUGCGCUGGGAGGUCUUCCUGAAGGUGGACGCUCUCGGCAUCGUCUACAACAACUCUCCCGAAGUCUGGGUCAACUUCGAGAAGGCCGUCAUGGCUUGGAGCCGCAAGGUCCGCGAGGAGAUCACAUCCGAACUCCUGGGUUGA